GAAUACCUUCUUACUCAGCACUUUCUUAUUUUAAUUCACUGGGAUAUGAUGAUUAUAAUUCUAUUCCAGCUUCAGAAAGAGAAUUAUCUUUGAAAUUAAUAUCAGCAGUUAAUUCUAUUUUUAAAUUAGGGCAAUGGUUCAAUUUAGUUCCAACCUUUAUAAGGCACGCACCUAUCAUAAGCUACUUUAAUAACAUGUUCUUAGACGCUAUGAGAAAAGUGGAAGUUUCUUUUUCUGAAAUAAUUCAAAAAAGACGCAAAGAAAUUGAUUCAUUACCUGAAGAUGCUUCAAUACAAUCCGACCUUUUAACAAUGCUUAUUACUGUUAACACAUCACGCGGUAUAGAAAUUCCUUCAUAUAAGUCCUUAAACCGAAUGUUAGAUGAUUGUGAAGUUUUCGGAACUAUUAGAGAUAUUUUCCUUGGUUCUUUUGAAACG